AUGAGCAGGAGGGACAGACCUUCAGCAAAAAGACUCAAAGCAGCAUUUUUCCCACCAAUACUUCUGCCCAAAAAGUGUACAGCUCCCGAGUGCUGGCCAGGGGGACACCGCAUCCUCCGCAACCCCCGCAGGAGCACCAGCUUCGACUCCCUGGAGCUGCAGCGAGUGUCCAGCCAGGACCUGGUGUGUGACCACUCCUUGCCACCAGCGUGGUACCGCCUCAUGCUCGGCCAGCGGCCCGUGGAAAUGCCCACCAGAUGUGUCGAGAUGAACAAAUGUGGGACACAAGCUCCGGUGUGGCUGUCACUGAAGUCUGAAUCCCUGCCAGCUCCUGGGGAGAGCAAGAGGCUGACGGGCUGUGCCACCUGGCAGGUUUUUGGGGGCACCAGGGACUGCUGCCUGUUCCGCAUCCCCAUCGCCGUCAGGAACUGCGGCGCGUUCUUUGUGUAUCUCCUGCAGCCCACCCCAGGAUGCAUGGGCUACUGUGCAGAAGACAAGCCCACGAGCCUGACUGUGCAACCGGUGAUCACUCCCGAGCUCGUGCAAGGCCGAGUCCACCUGAAGUGCAGCUACAGCCCCGCUCCCCCUGAGCCCCCAGCCCAGUUCAGGGUGCUCUGGUCUCGCCUCUCCAGCCCUGGCAAGAGGGAGCAGAUCCAUCAGGAGACAACCCCGCAGCCGUUCUCCUACGUGGAGAUGGACGGCGCCAAUCUCCGCCUGGGAGACACGGUCUUUUGCACCGUCACAGCUUUUAGGAGGGGCACUCCUGAGCAGCAGUCACUGCCUGAGGACAGCAAAGGUUUCUAUGCUGGGAUUAAGUUUUUACCAGAAUCACUAGAAAUUGCAGAGGAUGGCAAGGAGCAUGUUUUGACUGUCCUGAGCACGGUACCCAUUGCCUGUCCUGGGCAGGAUGAUUCCUGUAAAAUGACUUUGCAACUAAGUACUGAGGACUUGGGCAGGCAGGUCCCAGGGCCCCCAGACAUCGCCCUCUCAGCCUGCCAGGUGGAUCUGCUGCCGGAGCCCUGCUCGGGGAGCAGCUGUGCAGCGGCCACGGUGACGGUGACAGCUGUGACGGACUUCGCGCAGGACGGGGACCGCGUCAGCCGCAUCAGCGCCCGCCCAGCCGCACCAAGGGAUUCGCUCUGGAGGGAUUACACACCCAGGGAUGUGAAGGUCACAGUUCGAGACCUCCCAACAGGGAACUGCUACUCUUUCACUGAUCCACAUAUUAUCACAUUUGAUGGAUGGCGCUACGACAGCCAUAAAAUCGGGACGUUCCUGCUGUGCCGCAGCGAGUCGCGGGCGUUCGAGGUGCACGUCCGGCAGUGGGACUGCGGCGGCCACCGCUCCGCCACCGCCUGCAACUGCGGGGUAGCUGCACGAGAAGGGGGUGACACCGUGGUGCUGGACACCUGUAAUGGCCACUUUCAGGAUAGCAGGCCCCAGCUGACCAUCAAAAGCACCGAAACAUCGCCACAAGUCAAAAUCCUGAAGUCGUACGGAGGCAGGAAAAUAACAAUCCUGUUCCCUUCAGGAGCAUUUGUUCGAGCAGACCUGAGCGAGUGGGGAAUGGGUGUGACAGUGAGGACGCCGGGCAGGGACUUCAACAACACGCGGGGCUUGUGCGGCCUCUUUGAUGGGAUGGCUCACAACGAUCUCAACAACGUGCCCGAGGAAGACUUCAUAGAGGAGUGGAGAAUUCCUCCAGGGAAGAGUUUAUUUGACAAGACUCCAGCACCCUCCAAGAGGAAGCAAAGGAAAAGUUUCUGCAGAUGCCAGAAGGGGAGCACCAAGCCUGUCCCCAUGGUAAACACAAAAAAUGCCUUUCAGAUGCCUUCCCCUGAGCCCUCUGGUUGCCAUGAUGAACAUGUGGACCACAGCUUUGCAAUCCCACAUCUGGAUGUUACAUCUGAGUUUGUCACUCACACAGUAACAGAGUCAACUUUGAGAAAAGAUGCCGAACCACCACCCAAGACUUUGGGUCAAAGAUAUUUUUCUAAAUCAGUCCAAAAGCGCAGAAGCCCCGAGGUCCCACUAAAGCCUCUCCCACACAAUGUUUCCAUGAAUAGCAACAGUUCCAUCAACUCUACCAAGCCAACAGGAGACCUAAGGAAAGCAAAGAGGCAAGACAAGUAUUUUAAAUACUCAUCCUUUCACCCACUGCAUGGCCCUGCCCAGAGACACUCAGAGAGCUUUGCAUAUUUUUUCCCCGAGGACUACUUUGAAGGAGUUCGGAUGAAAUUUCCACUGUCAUGGCCCACGCCCAAUGGCCUGACUGCCACCAAAGCUCAGGAGAUUUGCCACCAAAUUCUUGCACAUUCCACCAUUGGCUUGGCAUGUAAAGGCCUCCUGGCAAAACACCUGGAUGAGGCAAUUGAUAUUUGCCUACUGGACCUGCAGCUCAAAGAUGACGUGGCUUGGGUGAGGGCACUGAUAGCCCUUUUGGAAAAUGAGUGUGAAAGGAGAGUGCUGGGGAGCAGGAAGGGAGAGUUCCCUGUUGGAAACCAGCCAUCUGCUUCCUGGGAGGAGAUCCUGGCUGCUCUCCGGUGUCCCGCGCUCUGCAGCGGCCGCGGGCGCUGCACAGAGCUGGGCUGCCGGUGCCUUGGAGGGCACAGCUCCUACGACUGCAGCAUUGCCCAAAAGCAAGCUUUGGAAAUCACAGCCUUGGAGAACGGGGGCCUCUGCGACGUCCGAGCCUCAGACUGCAGCAGGAUCCGGGCGUUUGGCCUCGGCUUCAAGGAGUCUCCCAGCCUGCACUGCCAGGUCACCAGGCUAAUCCAUCUCAAUGGAAAAUGGAUGUCAAGAGAAGAAGAAAGCACAAAAGCAGAUUUUCUGAGCUCUGAGGCUGUUGACUGCCAGAUCCCCCUCCUGAACAUCACAGAGGCUGUGCACUUCGUGGCUGGUGACGAGCCAUUGGCAAGAUGGCAAGUGAAAAUCACUAACGAUGGCUUGCAGUACAGCAAUUCCCGAGUGCUGACCCUGUACGACGCGGUCUGCCAGGUCUGCCAAUUCCACCCCGCCGGACUUUGUAAAUUAAAGGAAAAUACAUGCAAUAUAGAUGGACUUUGCUAUGGUGAAGGAGAGUCAAGCCCUACAAGCCCUUGUCUUCUCUGUGAACCUGUCAUUUCUAAGUUCACCUGGUCUGUUAAUGAAAACAACCUGCCUCCUGUGUUCCAGGCCCCCUCCAGCCAGCUGCUGACAUUUAUUGGUGAGAAUUUUGUUUACCAGCUAAUAGCAGUGGAUCCAGAAGGGUCAGCUGUGCUAUUCAUCUUGGAGGCUGGGCCACGGGGUGCCCGGCUCUCUCCUGCUGGCCUGCUGCUCUGGAAGGUUGAGUCAGAAGAAAUGCAAACCUUUGAAUUCACUGUGUCAGAUGAGUGCAAUGCACAGAGCAGAUACUCUGUUGAGGUUGGAGUGAAGCCCUGCAGCUGCCUCAAUGGUGGCACAUGUGUCACCAACAUUAAAUACCCUCCAGGCCUUGGUGAAUACCUGUGCUUGUGUCCAAAUGGAUUUGAUGGAGAAUUCUGCCAGGAAGACAUCAGGGACUGCAAAUCAAACCCCUGUGGCAGUGGAACCUGCGUGGACAGCGUGGGGAGCUACUUUUGUAAAUGCCCCCCUGGUUUGGGAGGGCUUACUUGUCAGGAGGACAAGAACGAAUGUGAAGAGAGCCUUUGUUUUCCUGGAGUGUCUUGUAUGAAUACCUUUGGAUCUUAUGCGUGUGGAAUUUGCCCCACUGGGAUGGAGGGAAAUGGUAAAACUUGCAAAUCUGUGCUUGCUGCUGAUGUUACAGAAGCUUUAAACAGUGGCAAAGGUGAAUUGAACAGGACUGAGGUUAAGCAGCCACUGCAAUCCUCAGAGACAAAGGAUUCUCCUGUAAUUAAGAAUUUUAACAUAAGUGAUAGACACGGAGCUGUGGCACACAGCUGUGCCAGCCGGCCGUGCUUCCCCGGAGCGCCGUGCUUCGACCGCAAGCCGCCCUACGUUGGGUACCUCUGUGGCCGCUGCCCUGCUGGCUUUUUUGGAAAUGGUCGGAGCUGUGCCAAAGUCCCCAGAGCAGUUUCAAGAUCUUUCCAAAGCCAUGUGGACUUUCCUGGAAGAAACAUUGAAGAUGCUAGAGACUCUCACCAAGAAGAUGCAUCUAAGACAUCAAGAAAUGCAUUUCCCCUUCUUUCUCAACCCCAAAUUCCAAGACAAAAUAUUACAUUCCUUUUGGAGAGAAACCCCGCAGCCAUUCACACUCCAUCCCUUACAAUGGAAAGGGAGACUUCCCAAGCUCAGAUGUCACCAGAAAAACAACCUGACAUGGAGUUCACAGCACCUGAGAAACAUCUUUUUCUUGAGAAAAGUGGCACACCCCUUCUGCAUGAGGAGCCAGAGCCCAGAGCUCCAGGUGUCAGUGUGACCUCCCACCCCUCUCUCCGUGUUAGGCAGCACAAAGAAACUUCAGCACGGACUGUUCCUCCUCAUACCAACACAAACUCAGAUUCAUUCCCUGCAAGCUCACAGACUCAUUCCAGGCAUGGUUAUUCUCCCAGGAGAUGGCCCAGCCGAGUCUCAGUCUUGAGGAACAAACCACCCCAGGGUUUCCCAGCAGAGCAGCCCAGAGCAUCUCCUGUGGGCACACAUCGGCUGGGCCCUUCCCGGGAUGCUGCAUCCCUGUGUGCUGACCUGCCAUGUUUCACUGGAGUGCAUUGCAAACCAGCUGGAGAUGGGGAGUUUCAAUGUGGUCCUUGUCCCCCUGGGUACAGUGGUGAUGGAAUUACGUGUGAAGCGCAGUGUGAGCCCCCGUGUGAGCAUGGAGGAACUUGCCUGCCUCACAACACCUGUUCUUGUGCUUAUGGAUUUGUAGGGCCUCGGUGUGAAACAAUGGUGUGCAGCAGGCACUGUCACAACGGGGGGGUGUGUGUGUCACCAGAUGAGUGCCAGUGCAGGCACGGGUGGAGCAGCCCCUCUUGUGAGACAGCUGUGUGCAAUCCUGUGUGCCUGAAUGGAGGAGUCUGUGUACGGCCAAACACGUGCUCGUGUCCUUCUGGUUUCUAUGGGCCACAGUGCCAGAGAGCUCUUUGCAUUCCCCCCUGUAAGAAUGGUGGUCACUGUGUCCGGACCAAUGUCUGCUCCUGUGCCGAGGGCUACACUGGAAGAAGGUGCCAGAAAAGUGUCUGUGAGCCCACGUGCAUGAACGGGGGGAGAUGUGUGCACCCCAAUGUCUGUGACUGCCCGUCUGGCUGGAGGGGAAAGCACUGCAGCAAACCUGUGUGCCUGCAGAGGUGCCUCAAUGGAGGGGAGUGUGUCGCCCCCAACGCCUGCCAGUGCCCUGGAGGAUGGGUGGGAACGCUGUGCCAGACCCCUCUCAAUAGGAUGAAGAGAGCAGCAGGACAAUGAAGACAAUCAUUUGGGUAUUGAUAAUCUGACUGAGCGCGUUUUUCAUUUGGGAAGAUGCAGUGUGAAGAAAUUGCUAGCUCUCUCCCUUUUAUCCUUACAUAAUCAUACAGAAGAAUGAAGAAAAAAGCCAAAAUCUUUCUUUUAUGUCAAUAAAACAACAUUUAUUUUCAAAUCUG